AUGGGUGAGAUUAAUAGGAAAAAAACAUAUUUUCUAAAUAAAAAAGAUAGAGUUAUUGGGCAUCUUAAAAAAUGUAUAAAUUUUAUAAAACAUACAACUCUGGAGAAAAGGCAAAAAGUCUUUGACUUGUCUAAUGAUGAAUCAACUAAACAAUCUAGUUCAUUAUAUGAUGCCAUAACUACUUCAUCACAAUUAUCUACUCAAAAAACUAUUGUACGAUUCUCCUCUUCCUUUGGCCUACUUGACAAUUAUAUUGUUUGUCCAUUAUCACAAGAAAAUUAUGAAAAAUUUAAAGUCCUUUUGUUAAGACUUACUAUUGCUUGUGGUUGGGCUUUUAAUUGGAUAAAUAAACCAGAAGCAUAUGAAUUACCAUCUUUAAAAGUUGCUAUUUCUGAAUAUGAUAUGGGAAUAUAUAAAGCUCUUCAUAAAGAUUUUGUUGCAAUGGAUAUUAGUGCAAAGAGAGAGAAUUAUCUUAAAGUAAUAGAAAAAACAGAAGAUAUAAUUGAUGAAUUAAAGAAUAUAAAUUUACAAAAGACUUUGAAUAUGUGCAAAUUAAAAGCUGCUAUGGCAUGGGAGCAUUCACACAGACCAGCUUUUGCUAAAUUAUUUCUACCUAUUUUUCAAAAUAAAAAUAUUACAAAGAAUAACGAUGAACCAAAUAUAUCAAAUAUAAGUCAUGAAGAAUCAAGCGAAGAACCCAAUGAAUCUGUGGAUGAUGAAAAUGAUGAGAUUUUGGAAUUAACUUCUUUGAAAGAAUUUGGCCAAUUCUUAGACAUAUAG